CCGCCGUAGAAUCGGGCGCCCGCUUAUGACGGCAUCGUGUGGAUUUCCGACGUUAACAUGCAUUGAUCAUCUGAGCUUUAACAAUAAUGGCGUUGAAUCGUCUGAGCCUGCUGCGACCUCUUCUGUGUCAAUUCCCGGUGCGAUGUUUCUGGACCCCUCUCAUGGUUACCCCCAGGGUCGGUGUUGGACCACAUCUGGUCCCUGGCACCACACAGUACCCUGCUCCCUCUGCGGCUGCUGCUUGUACCAGACUCUACGCCACCAAGAAGGCAAAAGCCAAGGCAAAAGGCCAGUCAGCUAAGGUGAAUAUUAAUUCAGCUCUGGUGGAAGACAUCAUCAGUCUGGAUGAAGUGAAGGAGGACAUGACCGCUGUUCUCACUGCACUUAAAGAUGACUUCACACGCAGCCUCAGCAUCCGAACCUCGGCAGGGGCUCUGGAUCACAUUGUGGUGACGACUCAAGAUGGGAAAUUCCCCCUCAACCAGCUGGGUCAAAUCUCCAUGAAGUCACCUCAGCUCAUUAUGGUCAACAUGAGCAGCUUCCCUGAAGCUACAGCAGCGGCCACCCGUGCCCUGAGAGAGAGCAGUAUGAACUUAAACCCAGAGGUGAACGGGACGAUCAUCAAGGUGCCUGUUCCCAAAGUGACACGGGAACAUAGAGACAACCUCGCCAAGUUGGCCAAACAGUUCGGCAACAAGGCCAAAGACUCACUGCGGAAAGUACGGGCUAAUGCUGUCACACGGGUGAAAAAGGCAAAGGAGGGGCACUCGGAGGACACGUUGCGACUCGUAGAGAAACAGAUUCAGCAGAUGGCAGACGGCUUUGCAGCCGACAUCGACAAACAGCUCGCAGCCAAGACCAAGGAGCUGUUGGGCUGACAGCGGUGAUAAAGAACAAACAAGCAGGCCUCCUAUCGGAUGUUUCAGCAUCGGCUAGAGGACUUGUACAACAGCAGUAAUAUGUUUUUCAACACAGUAACUGGAGACACGUCUUGGUGUUGUUAUACAUGUACGGGUUCUUCUGACAGAAGCUGGGCCUUUUGUUCCCGAACAUAUCUUUGGUACUCGUCGCUGCUCUGGGGCAUCUGUGCGCAGCUGUAUAAGUGCAUGGACAGAAAUCGGAAACACAGAAACAACGACGACAGACAGCCUGUCACCUCCCUCUUCCCUUGUUACUCUUCCCGUCUUCAAACAAACACAGAGCCAGGGACGAAUGGACUUUUAAUGGGAUUUGUGGGCCUCCUCCUAAUCAAACCCCUUGCCACAAAGACUGUCUGUUUAUACAAAGCAAGCGCACCCGUCCAAAUGUAAACUAGCUGCGGGUUUUUUCUUUGUGGCAGCAGCAAGACAGUCUGAUCCACAGGCGCAGGAGCUGACUGAACAGAUACCUUUUAGCAUGUUGGCAAACAUUUGUUUCACAUUGAUUGCAAGUCUGUUAAAAAUGCUCAUGAGAGGGGGGAAAAAAGGCCUUUAAUUUCUGUCCAUGUCUAGGAUUUAUAACAUGGCUACUCUAUUUUAAACACAAUAAAAUCAGGAAAGUAACGUUAUUGAUGAUGCCCAUUAAAGAAACACUGCUUU